CAAACCAACCUAUAGUAUAUAGUUAAUCGUGUAUAAAUGUGAUUUUUUUUUAUCGCAGUUUUUGUGUUAAAAAAAAUUUGUGAAAAAAAAAGUCAAAUUUUUCAAGUGUAAAACUUUUAAAAGUGAAAAACAAAGUUUUUCUUAAUAUUAGUGAGGGCCAGCGGCCGAAGGAUGCUUGCAUAUGUCUAAAUUCCAAAGAACACAGCUUUUGGGCACUGCACAGGUGAAGAGGUCGUCCACAGAGCACACGACGGCCACGGGCUUCGGCUCCACGAAGCGCACCAAAUAUUCUACUUCAAUUACGGAGAUAGACGAAAUUGAGAAUAUGACGGACACAGCGGCUGCCACGACUAAUUCGCAAAAAAGGGCAAAUUUUUCAGCAUUGACUGUCACCAAUCCUAACGGAGUAACGAAUAAAAUAUCACCAAGUUUAGCUAAUGCAAAGCCAGGUUCAGCUAAAAAAUUGGUCAUCAAGAAUUUCAAAAAUAAACCAAGAUUACCGGAUAAUUAUCAAGAGGAGACAUGGGAAAAAUUAAGAGAAGCUGUGGUUGCAAUUCAAACUAGCAAAAGCAUACGAUAUUCAUUGGAAGAACUUUAUCAAGCCGUAGAAAAUAUGUGUAAUCAUAAAAUGGCAUCGACGCUUUAUAAUAAUUUAACAAAUUUGACGGAAUCGCAUGUUAAAGCAAAUAUAGAGCAAUUUGUCGCUGAAUCAAUGGACAGGCAUAUUUUUUUGAAAAAAAUGAAUGAAUGCUGGCAAUCGCACUGUCGGCAAAUGAUUAUGAUUAGGAGUAUCUUUUUAUAUCUUGACAGAACUUAUGUUUUACAAAAUUCCGGAAUUUCGUCAAUUUGGGAAAUGGGACUUUAUUUAUUUAGACUUAAUAUUGUUCUAAAUAAUCUUGUGCAAACGCGAACAGUAGAAGGACUUCUCAUGCUCAUUGAAAAAGAACGACAAGGUGACACAGUGGAUCGAACUCUACUUAAGUCAUUACUGAGAAUGUUGUCUGAUUUGCAAAUUUAUCAGGACGCCUUCGAAACAAAGUUCCUUCAAGCUACUGAAAGAUUGUACGCGGCAGAAGGCCAACGACUCAUGACAGAGCAUGACGUCCCGGAAUAUUUAGCUCACGUUGACAAACGUUUACAAGAGGAAAACGAGCGUUUACUUCAUUAUCUUGACACAUCAACAAAAUGGUCCCUUAUUCACACAGUGGAAAAGCAAUUGUUAUCCGAACAUAUUUCCAGCAUUCUUCAAAAAGGUUUAAGUGGCUUAUUAGAUGAAAAUCGAAUUCACGAUUUAUCGCUACUUUAUAAUUUGUACAGUCGAAUUAAAAAUGGACUCGUUGAACUAUGUUUGAAUUUCAAUAGUUAUAUUAAGAAAAAAGGCAAAACGAUAGUGAUAGAUCCUGAGAAAGAUAAGACAAUGGUACAGGAAUUAUUAGAUUUCAAAGACAAAAUGGAUAAUAUAGUUAAUACUUGUUUUCACAAGAAUGAGAAAUUUGCAAAUAGUUUGAAGGAAGCUUUCGAAGCGUUUAUUAAUCAAAGGGCAAAUAAACCAGCCGAAUUGAUAGCAAAAUUCGUUGACUGUAAAUUGAGAGCAGGAAAUAAGGAGGCAACUGAGGAGGAAUUGGAGCGUUUAUUGGAUAAAAUUAUGGUAUUGUUUCGAUUUAUUCAUGGCAAAGAUGUUUUCGAAGCGUUCUAUAAAAAAGAUUUGGCCAAACGUUUAUUGGUGGGAAAAUCGGCAUCGGUUGACGCUGAAAAAUCAAUGUUAUCAAAAUUAAAGCAGGAAUGCGGUGGUGGUUUCACCAGUAAACUUGAGGGAAUGUUUAAGGAUAUGGAACUUAGUAAAGAUAUUAAUAUUGCAUUUAAACAAUAUUCCAGCAACCUGCAAAAUGAAUUAUCGGCCAGUAAUUUAGAUUUAACAGUGUCAAUUCUCACAAUGGGAUAUUGGCCAACUUAUCCCGUCAUGGAAGUGACUUUACCGUUAGAAAUGGUCCAAUAUCAAGACGUGUUCAAUAAAUUUUAUCUAGGCAAACAUAGCGGAAGAAAAUUACAAUGGCAACCAACUUUAGGUCAUUGUGUAUUAAAAGCAUGGUUUCAACAGGGAAAUAAAGAAUUGCAAGUCUCAUUGUUUCAAGCUUUGGUUUUAAUACUUUUUAAUGACGCUGAUGAUUUAUCGCUUGAGGAGAUUAAAGCGGCGACAAAUAUUGAAGAUGGCGAAUUAAGAAGAACGUUACAAUCGUUAGCGUGCGGUAAAGCUAGAGUUCUCCAAAAAAAUCCACGUGGUCGUGACGUUGCUGAUAAUGAUAGAUUUGUCUUUAAUGCCGAUUUUACUAAUAAACUUUUUAGAAUAAAGAUUAAUCAAAUUCAAAUGAAGGAAACGAACGAAGAACAGAAAGCAACUGAGGAGAGAGUUUAUCAGGAUCGUCAAUAUCAAAUAGACGCAGCUAUUGUGAGAAUAAUGAAAAUGAGAAAAACCCUUACGCACAAUCUUCUUAUCAGUGAACUUUACAAUCAACUUAAAUUUCCCGUCAAGCCGGCGGACUUGAAGAAACGAAUAGAAUCAUUAAUUGACAGAGAUUAUAUGGAGCGAGAUAAGGACAAUGCAAAUCAGUACAAUUAUGUCGCAUAACCGCGACCACCUGCCAAAAUUAUGACAUCCAAGUGUAAAGUGUUUACGUUUGCUAUAAAAAACGAUUUUUUCAUUGAUGCUUGCAAAUUGCCAAGACACACAUACAAAAAAUUCCCUCAAUCUCGUGAUUCCAUGUUCCUCGAAUUUUGAGCGUGGGAUAAAAAAAAAAAUAAUAAUAAUUGAAAAGUUCGUCGACUUACAAAACGAAAAAAAUUUCACAUUUUUCAAAAAUUCAUUCCCUUUUCGCGCCCCUAAUUAUUGUUUUUUUUUUAAAAAUGUGUUGAAGUGUUAAAAAAAAAGUCAACGUACUUUUUUGUUGUUGUGUUAUUUGGUUUUUAAAAAAAAUUAAUUGAAAAAAAAGCAUCACAGAGAAAUAUUAACUAUAAUAAUAAUAAUACGUCUGUUUUGCAUAACAAGUUUUUACGCAAUGCAGUGUUUUUUCUUAGCGAACUAAGACGUAGAAUUUGAGUGAAUAGAGGAAAAAGGAAAGAAAGAAAGAGAGUGUGUGUGUGAGUGAAAAAAAUCCUAUUAGGAAACGUAUAAAAAAAAAUGGAAAUUCUGCACAAUGAUUUGCUUUAACACGAAAAAUAUGGAAAACAAAUUCUUUAAUUUAACAAUUAUGUGCUUUCUAACUUUUUCCAUGAGAGACUGAAGAUAUUACAAAACAAAAAUAACUGUUUAUUAGAAAUCAACUUGGUCAAACCAAAAUUAAAACACAAGGCACCCUUGUAUAAUUUACUAUGAUGAUAAUGAUGAUAAUGAUGAUGAUGAUGAUGAUGAUGAUGAUUCGAACUCGGAAGAAAUUCUCGAGAUAUUUCACGUGCCUAUUUCUUAAGAUAUUCCUAAGUGUAUUUAUUAUUAAUUGAAGCAAUACAAAUGGACAGUCUUUAAAUUCGCAUACUGCCUUUGUAACUUUUCUUUUAUUAUUAUUAUUACUAUAUAUUUUUUUUUCUUUCGUUUUGGAAACGAAAUUUUAAAACAAUAGUUUUAUUUAUCACAUUAUUUGUGAGAGAAAAGUAGAAUUUGUGCGCCCUCAUUAUUUAUAAAUGUAUCAAUUUUGCAAGUGUGCAAUUUUUUUUCAAAAAAUUUUCCUCACUUAGCUUCAAAUUCAAUUUGUUAAUAUUUAAUUGAUUUAAUGUGAUUAAAAAAAAAAUUUUCCCUUUCUAAUAUAAUAAAUAAAUUAUUUACAAUAGUUUCUGCCAAUAUUUAAUUUGCUAAUUUAAAUCGAAACUCUGUAGAUAUUUCAUUUAUUUAAUUUAUUUUAUUCAUUUAUUUAAUUACAUAUUAUUUCUUCAAUUAAUUAUUCUUAAUGUAGAAUUAAUUUAAAAUUACUAAGUAAAGUUCUAAAUUUUUUAAAAUUAUUUAUAGUAAAAUAUUUUACAAAAAGAAUUUUAGUGGAAAAUUAAAAUAUGUAACGUAAAAUUUACAAUAUUUUUGUAUAAACAGAAAAUUAAAAGAAACAAAAUAACAAUUUUACCAGUAAGUCUUUUCCACUUUAAUUAGUGUAUUCUUUUUUUUUUGGCAGAGACUAGCAUAAGAACAAUUUUAAAAUACUUAAAUCAAUUUACAAACUGAAUUUUUAUAAUUAAUUAAUAAUAUUAAGAGAGAUGAUAGUAAUUAAUUUACAAGGGUGCAUUAAAAACAAAAUAAGUUUUCUGUAGCAUUUGGAAUAUAGAAUGUUUAAAAAUAUUGUUUUAUAAUAAUUUUAAAAAAAUAAAUAAUUUUUGAAAUGCAAUUAAUUUUAUGCGACUUACAAAAAAAGGUCAUAAAAAAUUGUAUAAUUAAUUUUGUAGUUUCAGAAUUAUCAAAAUAGUAGUUUUAAAAAAAAACGCGUGAAUUAUGAGAAAAUUAUAGCUAACAUCAAUAAUUGAAAUUCAGUAUAAUUUAUCGAAAGCGACUGAAAAAAAAAUUAAGGGUAUACUUGUGAGCAAUAUUAUUUUCUGUCUCAGUGUUAUUUAUAUAUAGACUGGCUUCUAUUUACUGAGACUUUUAUAAUGAAAAAAUAAAAAAUAAAAUCACGAAGAGAAAGUAAAUGAGAGAAAUAGCUAAUUUAGUGGGAGCAAAUUCAUUGAAGAAUUUUAUUACAAAUGCAAUUUUUGCGAAGAAAUGCAGUAGACCGUAACGUUUAUUUACAAAAAGAAAACUUUCUUCUCAAGAAAAUAUUUCUCAAAAAAAAGUAUUCUUUAUUCAAAAAAAUUUUUUUCAAUUACUUCAUAAGUUACUUUAUACUGCAUUUACUUUGAAUAAAUAGGUUUAUGCUACAAAACUUAUUUUUGUGUAAUAUUUCGUAGAAUUCGUCAACACUGUAAAUAGCUUAAGGUUCUGUAUUUGUAAUAAAACCAUGAAAAAAAAACAACGAAAAAUACUUUAAAAAAGUCCUAGAUUUUUAUUUGCUUUUAAACUAUUUUAUGUACACAACUUUUUUUUUUCUGUAAAUAUUCCAAUGACUUUAACAACAAAUUUCUAAUUUGUUUGUUUUCAUGUCAAUUUUUAUUUAUCCGUUUCAUUUUUUUUUUACUUUGUCGUGCAGGCCAUUGGAUUAUUUAUAAUGGAUGUUACGUUUUUUUUCUAGUUUUCUUUUUUUUU